ACACAGGGGACUCGUCUGUACUUUUGCUGCAAGUGGCUGUCUCUGGGGGCGGGGUUUAUGCCGGCUGCUCUGAGUUGUUGACGGAAGUAGGCUCUGGUGCUGGAGCAGAAAGGCUGCUGCCUGAACGGGACCUUGUCUCCGGCGCUGCGUUAGCAAAGGCCAGAGAUAAACUGUAAACAAAAUGAAGCCCGCUACUGUGCAUUGUUUGAUUCUGGGAUGUUUUUAUCUGGCUUUCUGUUGUGGGUAUACUUCAUGUAAGUUUCUCAAAAGUGAGCACCAUCCUCACAUUUGGAAAAAUCUGAUCCUUGUUCAUCACUGGCCUGUGACUGUAUGCAAGAUGAAUGAGAAUGACUGCAAAGAGCCCCCACAGUACUGGACAAUUCAUGGACUAUGGCCUGAAAAAGUAGAAGAAUGUAAUAGAACAUGGCACUUCAACGUGAAUGAGAUUAAGGAUCUCUUGCCAGACAUGAGACAAUACUGGCCUGACAUACUCCAUUCAUCUCUUAAUCGUACCCAGUUCUGGAAGCAUGAGUGGGAGAAACAUGGGACCUGUGCAGCCACCGUGGAGUCUCUUAAUUCUCAGAAGAAAUAUUUUGGUAAAACACUGGAUCUCUACCAAAAACUUGACCUCAACAGUUGUCUCCUGAAAGUUGGGAUAAAGCCAAGCAGUUCCUAUUACCAGAUGACAGCCAUAAAAGAAGCCCUUACAAGUGUUUAUGGAGUAACACCAAAAGUGCAGUGCCUUCCUCCAGAACAGGGUGAAGAAGUGCAAACAAUUGGGCAGAUUGAAUUCUGUUUCACCAAAGAGUUAGAGCUGAGAAACUGUACCCAUGCAGAGGCUGAAUCCUACAUACUGCAAAAUGACUGGAGUUCCGGACCUGAGGAGUUGUCUAUCUGUAAUGACACCCUGACAUAUUACCCUUCACAGGUUUAGUUUUACAACUGAAACCUCCAGAACUUGAAAUACUCAGUCACAGAUACCUUUUAAAAAGAUACUUUGCAAAGUAAUGGGAAAAGCUCUUUUGAGUAAGCCUUUCUCACAGGAGCAUUGAGGAGAUUAAUGUUUGAAGUGCUAUAAGUACAAAGUGUUCAUUUUGUAUUAAGGAGGCAAUGGACCAGAUUCUAAUGUCAGUUACAUAGUUGGAAAUCUACAGUAAUUCUCUUGUUUAACUAAGGUCAGAAACUGAUUGUGUUUUUUACAGUGGGAAACAAUGAAUGUUUAAAAGAGAAAUGACUUCUCAAAGAUCAGAUUUUUCCCAUUUUCAAUAAAGUCCAAUUCUUUAUCUGAG